AUGCAAAAUGUUCAGGAGAAGGGACUUAUGGCUGUUUGUGCAGAGAUGGAGCAGAUGAAAGAAAGGUUUGCUAAGCUUCUUUUAGGAGAAGAUAUGUCAGGUGGUGGGAAGGGAGUUUCCUCUGCUUUGGCAUUAUCGAAUGCCAUUACUAAUCUUGCUGCUUCUGCAUUCGGGGAACAACAUAAACUUGCUCCAAUGGCAGAAGAUAGGAAAAAGAGAUGGAGAAGAGAAGUUGGCUGGCUUCUGUCCGUGACAGAUUACAUCGUUGAAUUUGUUCCCUCUCAACAAACAUCCAAAGACGGAUCAAAUAUGGAGGUUAUGAUGACAAAACAAAGAGGCGAUCUGAGGAUGAACAUCCCUGCUCUGAAGAAGCUAGAUGCUAUGCUCAUUGGUUGUCUAGACAAUUUCAGGAACCAGAAUCAAUUCUGGUAUGUAUCUAAAGAUGCAGAUGAAUCAGAAAAAGGCGUUCAAAGAAGCGAUAAAUGGUGGCUACCUACAGUCAAAGUUCCACCAGAAGGGCUUUCUGAUGAAUCAAGAAAAUGGAUGCAGUAUCAAAAGGAUUGUGUCAACCAAGUUCUGAAAGCUUCCAUGGCCAUCAAUGCAGAAAUACUGGCAGAAAUGGACAUACCUGAGAACUACAUCGAUACUCUUCCAAAGAAUGGUCGAGAAACUCUUGGAGAUUCGAUCUAUAAGAGCAUUACGGUUGAGUUUUUUGACCCAGGGCAGUUUCUAUCAACCAUGGAUCUUUCAUCAGAGCUAAGUGUUCUUGAUCUUAAGAACAAAAUCGAAGCUUCUAUAGUUAUAUGGAAAAGAAAGAUGAAUCAAAAGGACUCAAAAUCUUCGUGGAGUACAUCUAUAAGUAUAGAGAAAAGAGAACUCUUUGAAGAGAGAGCCGAAACCAUUUUACUCCUUCUGAAACAGAGAUUCCCAGGACUUCCUCAGUCGUCACUAGAAAUUAGCAAAAUAGAGUACAAUAAGGAUGUUGGUCAUGCUAUCUUGGAGAGCUAUUCACGAGUGUUGGAGAGUUUGGCAAGCACGGUGAUGAACCGUAUUGAGGAUGUACUUUAUGCAGACAAUGUGGCACAAGAUCCAUCAUUGUUGGCAUCACGAAAACCCUUGGAAGAAUCCAAUGGUCAAAUAGGUCAAAACCAAGGUCAAACUCCUACAGGAUCACCUACAUCAUUGACGCUAUCAGAUUUUAUGGGGUGGAGUAUCGAUCAAGAAGGAGCAUCAACUACAAACAGCAACUCUACUCCUAAAUCAGAAGAUACAGAACCCGAAAAGUAUCAAAGCAAAUCAGCUAAGAUUCUGGCAAGAACAAAAAAUUCAUAUAUGGAGAAGUUAGAGGCUUAUAAAUUGAGAAGCCCAACAACCCGCCAUUAAUGGAGAUUAGAGCUAGAAU